UGUGAAGAUACGCGGUGCAGGUACCAGAACAACAUGGAGUAAGGAAAAUUUGUUUCAGUGAAUGGUAAAGAGUUGCGGCAGCAUUAGUAGCAGCAGAGUGGUUGAAUAAUCUGGUCCGAGUAUGCAUUGGUGCAAGGCAGAUAAUCUGCAACUGGGGUCUUGACGUCAUCGCGAAGCUGCAGGAUCGGUAGUGUCCUCGGCAGGAUGGAGAACGCUUCGGAGGUGGUAAACGGUAACGGUACGAGUUUCGAGUACCCGGACUGGGACUUAACGGGGAACGCGGGAGUCCAGGCGGCGUUCUGCAUCCUCUACGGGAACAUAUUCGUCCUGGGUUUGUGCGGAAACGCUUUAGUGUGUUUCGUGGUGGCGCGAAACCGGCAGAUGCAAACGGUGACGAACCUCUUCAUAACGAACCUGGCGCUGAGCGACGUCCUCCUCUGCAUCCUGGCCGUGCCUUUCACCCCCCUCUACACCUUCCUCGGUGGAUGGGUGUUCGGAAACACGCUCUGCCACCUGGUGCCUUACGCCCAGGGCGCCAGCAUCUACAUAAGCACCCUGACUCUGACCGGUAUCGCUGUCGAUCGUUUCUCCGUGAUAAUCUACCCAUUCCGGCCGCGGAUGCGGGUAGAGGCCUGCCUCGCCAUCAUCGCCGGGAUCUGGGUGGUCGCCCUGGGCCUCACCCUCCCAUACGGCAUGUAUAUGCAGCUGCAGGAGGACAAAGGAGGAUACAAACUCUGCGAGGAGAACUGGCCCGGCGAAGACUUCAGGAUGGUCUUCAGCAGCCUCACGUCGAUUCUCCAAUUCGUGCUACCGUUCUUCGUCAUCGCCUACUGCUACGUCUGCGUAUCCGUCAGGCUAAACGACCGCGCCAAGGCUAAACCCGGCUCCAAGACCAGCCGACGCGAAGAGGCCGACAAGGAGCGGAAAAGGCGCACCAACCGCAUGCUCAUCGCCAUGGUCUCGAUCUUCGGCGUCUCCUGGCUUCCACUCAACAUCGUGAACGUCCUGAACGACUUCUACUUACCCGUCACGGACUGGUCGUACUACAGGCUCUGCUUCUUCAUGACGCACUGCCUCGCCAUGAGCAGCACGUGCUACAAUCCCUUCCUCUACGCCUGGCUAAACGAAAACUUUCGCAAGGAGUUCAAGCAGGUGAUUCCGUGCUUCAGACGCGCCUACGAAGGGCGAAAUCCCAACGGGAAAUCCGUCGGUGGACUUCGGACCGAACGAACCUGCGACGGUGAGGCUGACGUUGACGGAAACGGCGUCGGAAUCGGCGUGGAGGCCAUCCAAGAGGAGACGCUUCUUCGCGUUCCUGAUACCAACGCCACGGGGUGUGAACUCGUCGUCCUCGACCGCUCCACAAGCUCCUUGUCCGACCCCAAGGACGAACGACGCUCUGUCGCCCUUCGUGACAUCGCUGAGGACGCGUUGUAGGAAUUCACUGAAAAACAAGCUUCGCGCGGGGAAUUAAAUGAAUUUUCCAAGUGCCUGAGCGAAUCCGCAGUGACACACCGCGACCGUUUUUCAACUUUACACGUCGUAUAUUUAGCCCCCAGUUAUAUAAUCAGCGGGAGGGAAGUUUCCAAGAAAUAAUAUGUACCUAACGACGUUGCGCGAGUAAAUUUCGGAGAACCAUCUCUUGGUCCCAUUUUCUCAGCCGCGCGCUAAUCAACGGUUACCUGUUGAAAUAUACGAAAUGGCAGGAAAUGUCAGUACAUAGUCGUCGAGAUUUCUUCUG